GCCAGAUGAAAAUGAAAGUAAAACUUCAGAAGAUAAGUCGAGGCCUGCCGUCAGGCCGCCCUGGCCCCACGGAAUUAUGCGGCUGGCUACUUGAUUGGUUUCUGAGCUGGUCACCUUUUUCACUGCUCAUGAGUUUUCAUGUCUGCAACACUGACUGAAGCUGACUACAGUCUACUAACAGAAAAAAAUGAAGCCAGGAUCUGUAUCUCCAGCUCCAACAUGUGCAUCGGAUGCAUCUGGCCAUUCAAUGGAUCGGCCUAUUAUGUUCAAACAUGGAAUGAAGCCAAGAUCUGCAUCUCCAGCUCCAACAUGUGCAUCGGAUGCAUCUGGCCAUUCAAUGGAUCGGCCCAUUAUGUUCAAACAUGGAACGGAGCUAGAAACAGCAUCUCCAGCUCCAACAUGUGCAUCUGCCGAAUCUGACCAUUCAAUGGACCGCCCUAUCAUGUUCAAACAGAGAAUGAAGCUAGAAACAGCAUCUCCAGCUCCAACAUGUGCAUCUGCCGAAUCUGACCAUUCAAUGGACCGCCCUAUCAUGUUCAAACAGAGAAUGAAGCUAGAAACAGCAUCUCCAGCUCCAACAUGUGCAUCUGCCGAAUCUGACCAUUCAAUGGACCGCCCUAUCAUGUUCAAUCACAGAAUGAAGCCAAGAUCUGCAUCUCCAGCUCCAACAUGUGCAUCUGAUGCAUCUGGCCAUUCGAUGGAUCGACCUAUUAUGUUCAAACAGAGAAUGAAUCCAGGAACAGCAUCUCCAGCUCCAACAUGUGCAUCUGAUGAAUCUGGCCAUUCAAUGGAUCGGCCCAUUAUGUUCAAACAUGGAAUGAAGUCAGAAACAGCAUCUCCAGCUCCAACAUGUGCAUCUUUCAAAUCUGACCAUUCAAUGGACCGACCAAUUAUGUUCAAACAAGGGAUCAAGCCAGAGGACAUACCAUCCCCUUCCCUGUCCUUGAACCAGCACAUCAGAUUAAGAGAUGAAGCUUGCUCUCCAGACAUCAGUGAGUUGUUGGCCAGUCUGUUGACGGAAGAUCACUUCAGAUGUCCAGUGUGUACAGAUGUGCUGAAGGAUCCAGUCUCCAUCCCAUGUGGACACAGUUACUGCAAGACCUGCAUCCAAAACUUCUGGUCCAAACCAACCUUAGAAAACAGCUACUGCUGUCCUCAGUGUAGGAAGAGAUUUAGAACUCGUCCUGCUCUGAACCCAAACUCAGCUCUGGCUAAAGUGGUUCAGAAGCUGCAGCAGGCUGGGUUCAGUCCUGCUCUUCCUGCUCUCUGCUACGCUGGACCUGGAGAUGUGGCCUGUGAUUUCUGCACUGGGAGGAAGCUCAGAGCGGUGAAGUCCUGUCUGACCUGCCCUGCGUCUUACUGUGAAACCCACGUGAAGCAGCACUACACAGUAGCAGCUCUGCAGAGACACACGCUGGUGGAGGUGACUGGAGAGCUGGAACAGAGACUCUGCAAGCUGCACCACAGAGCUCUGGAGGUCUUCUGCAAAACUGACCAGACCGUCAUAUGUUUUAUAUGCACAAUGGAGGAGCACAAAGAGCACCAUACUGUCCUGGCCAAGAGUGAAGAGACUCCUGUUCAGAUAUCAGUAAAUCCAAUGGUGAUCAAUGUCAGCCGGGCUCAAGUCUAUAAUAUGGGGGAGUGUAAAGAUGAGCCAUCUCUUAUGAUCCCAUUUAAUGCAUUAAGAGAAAGUGAGAUGGAGCAACACAUGAAGCAACUCCUAAAAGACAACAGAGAGCUUACAGCGAGAGCUAAGAGAGCUGAGAGUGAGCUGGAUUUCUUGAUGGAAUGCAGACGACUUGAGCGAGCUAAUGACUUUGUUGAAGUGUCUGCACUUGGUCGUAUAUUGGAGCUUGGGACGUUGUAUGACUGUCGCAAUGAUUCUUUCAACUCAGAUGCCUUUCUGUGGGAUGACAACACUCUGUCCUCUAUGAGACUGUCUUUUCCUCGACCCCACACGGAUGUAAGGAUUGUAGAGGGAAAAUCUUUGCAGGAGAGACUCAAAGCUCUGGACCUGACCACUUCUCUGAGAGCUAGUGUUGUAUCAGGACUGGUGGAGGUGGCUGGAGCUGCUGCUUAUCUGAAGCACCCCACUCAGUCCCAACUGCAGGACAGAGUCACUCUACACUACAGAACCUCCACCAGGCUGGACAUGCUCAGUCACAGACUGCUGCAGAGUGGACCUCCUCUCUCCAUGACCAAUCAGAAUUCAGCAACACAUGUGGUUGUGGCUGUUCUGUAUGGGGCCCAAGCAUUUUUAGUGUUUGAUGACAAGAAUGAAAGCAGGGAGGGAAAUGUCAAACUAAAAGAUAAAGUCAAGAAAAAUUUUCUUUCCCAGAGUGCAGAUGAAUUACUCUUGAGUCUUGAAAAAGCAAACUGUAUCUUUGAACUUGCUCUCUACACUGAUGGAGAGGAUUUCAAAAGUCUGGAGGAUUUUGAUACUGCAGUAAAACGAUUUAGGUCACUCCAAAAGCUGUUAGAACCUCAAGAUGAGAGAGCAGUCCCUCUGAAAGUGUGGCUCUACCCUCUGAAGAAUCUGGAUCAGACAUCCGCUUAUGUAUUUGGCAGCAUCAAGGAAGACAUACUGGACAAUGCAGUUGAUGUCCUGGAGCAUCUAGAAAGGAACAUCAACAUUUGCCAGGAUAUGAUGUCAAUUUACUCUAAUCUUGGUGUGAAUUCAUGGUAUCCACACUUAAAAGAUGCUCUUUCAGAGUUUUCUUCUCUUCUGCAGAAGUACCAGUCUGACUUUCAGAGAAGACUAGCCUCCUGCAUUAAAACCAUCCGAGAGAAAGGAGAGAAAGGAGAGAGGCAUUUGCAAGACCUUCUGAAGAAGAACACACAAUCACCAUUCAGUCCACAGAACAUGCAUCAGUGGCUCCUAAACAAAGACGCAGAAGUUGUGGCUUUGAAUGAAUGCAGAGCUGCUAACAUCACCUUUGUAAAAUCACAGAAGGACUUGAAACGUGUCAUAGAAGAUUCACAAGCAGACAGAGUGCUGUGUUUCACUCUCACAUCACUGGAGGGUGAAGAUCCAUUUCUUUCAGCUCUGAAACAGAGCAUGAUGAACAGAGAAGAGACAAAGGGUUUCAGGCUUCCUGAUAUCAGUCAGAAAAUCCGCAACGACCUUCAUUUAUUUUUGUCCAGCAAAAAGACAAAUGAAGAUGCAGAGCGUACCAAGUUUAUUGCUACAUCUGAACCUAAGCCACACUUUCUUGGGUCCUCUGUAUGUCUCUACCAGUUUGGUAACAUUGUGAGGUUAAAAAUGAACCUUGAGCUAAAGCCAGAGCUCCCAGAAAUAAUCAUCAUAAAACAGACAUCUGUUACCAUGAGGCUGCAAAGAUCUGAGUCUUACGUGUUUCACUGGUGCAGAGUAGAGUACAGAGCAGUGAGCUGCAGUGGAGGGAGUCGUGUUUAUUUGAAAUGGAGUAAUAUUGACAUCUGUAAUACUGAAGAGAGUGUUGUUAUUAGAGGUCUCACACCAGAGACACAGUAUCAGCUCAGAUAUGCUGUAAUGAACAGUAACAGCAUGAGUGACUAUAGCAGAAUCACAGAGUUCCAGACACCUUCUAGAGCCAGACCUGGACAGCCUACAGUGCACAAACAGUGUAAGGACUCUCUCACUGUUUCCUGGCAGAGAGCUGAGGCUGAUGGAGACUCUCCUGUCCUCUGCUACAUGGUGGAGUAUAUGGAGGCUGGUCUAGAAGGCUGGCAGUUCAUUCUAACAGAGGGUCCUGAGUGUGAAUACACCAUAACUCUCCCCUACAGCACCUGCUACAGAGUCAGAGUCUCUGCUGUAUAUAGAGACGGAGACAAGAGCAAACCUAGUGAGCAGACAGAAGUCUCUUUAAAUGUGUGGAUCAUAAACCUCUCAGAGAGAAAGAGCUCCCUCUUUCUAGAAGUGCUGAAACUCCAAACAGUGAAGAAACCAGUUAAGCUGACAGGCUGGUCAGAUGAAGAGAGUGAAUUGAGGAGUUUCCUUCAGUGUCUGCCCUACAUCUCCCAGCUGAGAUUUUGUUUUUCUGUUUCACAUGAAGAACAAAAGAAAAAGUCUGCGUUUCAGUUUCUGCUGAAUCUGAUUGUAGCAGCAGCAGCAGAGAGUGAUUCAGCUACAGGAGAGAGAUUCAUUGAACUGCUGACAUCUGUGUGCAGCUACUCAGCCUUCCCUUUUCAUAAAGAAGAUCCUGACUCUCAGUGGAAUUUCAUGCUGGAUCUGUACUCAUAUGUGAAGAACUAUGAGACUCAGACAGGCAGGAGUGUUCUUCCAGCAUUACAGCCAGUUUACCAGUCAGCUCCUGCAGUCUGGAUCAUUGACCUCUCAGAGAGAAAGAGCUCCCUCUUCCUAGAAGUGCUGAAACUCCAAACAGAGAAGAAACCAGUAGAGCUGACAGGCUGGCCAGAUGAAGAGAGUGAAGUGAGGAGUUUCCUUCAGUGUCUGCCCUACAUCUCCCAGCUGAGAUUCAGAACCCCACAGACUGAGAGUGCUGAGUGGAGAAAGAGAGUGAAUUCAUUCCUGCUGGAUCUGUGUUUGCAAGCAGCUCUCCAUCAGAAAGACAACAUUCAGACAACUGUAGAGACACUGAUGUCAUGUGGAUAUAGCAGAAAAGGAGAGUUCCUGCUGGAUCUGUUCUCACGUAUGAAGAACUAUGAGACUCAGACAGGCAGGAGUUUUCUUCCAGCAUUACAGCCAGUUUACCAGUCAGCUCCUGCAGUCUGGAUCAUAGACCUCUCAGAGAGAAAGAGCUCCCUCUUCCUAGAAGUGCUGAAACUCCAAACAGAGAAGAGACCAGUAGAGCUGACAGGCUGGUCAGAUGAAGAGAGUGAAGUGAGGAGUUUCCUUCAGUGUCUGCCCUACAUCUCCCAGCUGAGGUGAGUUUUAAUCAUUUAUAAUAUCUGUAAAAGAACAUUUAAGUUUUCAUGUUGUAAGGUAAUAUUUAAAAAGGUUUUUGUCAGUUUUGCCAGAUUUGAAACGUAGCGCCAGAUCUACUGUGACGAGAAGAGUAAAUAGCAUGUUGGCAACGUUUGCUCUUCCAUAAACGAGGAUAACCAGCAUAUUUCGCAGAACUGCUAACGCUGCACGCUAUUCACCACUAGGCUGACUUUGAAUGACUUUGAA